GCCUCCUUUCAGCGGGCAGCGGGCCGGGACGCAGAAGGCUCGGUGCCCUCGCCCUGCCCGCUGGACACCCCCGUCCUCCCGGAGCGGGACAGCCGGGGCCAUGCGGCCGAGCCUGCUGCUGGCCCUGCUCGCCCUGGUGCCGGCGGCCACCCCGCUGCUGGCAGACGCCCAGCAGUUCUUAAUCUACAACGAUGACCACAAGCGCUGCGUGGAGGCGGUCAGCCCCAGCGCCGUCCACACGGCAGCGUGCAACCAGGACAGUGAGGCCCAGCGGUUCCGGUGGGUGUCGGACACCCAGCUGAUGAGCGUCGCCUUCAAGCUGUGCCUGGGCGUGCCGGGCAAGACGGACUGGGUGCCCGUCACCCUGUACGCCUGCGACACGAAAAGUGAGCUGCAGAAGUGGGAGUGCAAAAACGACAUGCUCUUCGGGCUCAAGGGCGAGGACCUGUUUUUUAACUAUGGCAACAGGCAGGAGAAGAAUGUCAUGCUCUACAAGGGGUCGGGGCUGUGGAGCAGGUGGAGGAUCUACGGGACCACCAGCGACCUGUGCUCCCGGGGCUACGAAGCCAUGUACACCCUCCUGGGCAACGCCAACGGGGCCACCUGCGCCUUCCCCUUCAAGUUCGAGAACAAGUGGUACGCGGACUGCACCAGCGCGGGGCGGUCGGACGGCUGGCUGUGGUGCGGCACCACGACGGACUACGACACCGACAAGCUAUUUGGGUUCUGUCCACUGAAGUUCGAGGGAAGCGAGAGCCUGUGGAAGAAGGACCCGCUGACCAGCAUCUCCUACCAGAUCAACUCCCAGGCGGCGCUGUCCUGGCACCAGGCGCGGAGGAGCUGCCAGCAGCAGGGCGCCGAGCUGCUGAGCAUCACGGAGAUCCACGAGCAGACGUACCUGACAGGACUGACCAGCUCCUUGACUUCCGGACUCUGGAUUGGGCUAAACAGUCUGAGCUUCAACGCCGGCUGGCAGUGGAGCGGCGGCGGCCCCUUCCGGUAUCUGAACUGGUUGCCAGGAAGUCCAUCUGCCGAACCUGGAAAAAGCUGUGUGUCACUAAACCCCGGGAAAAAUGCUAAAUGGGAAAACCUGGAAUGUGUUCAGAAACUGGGCUACAUUUGUAAAAAGGGCAACACGACCUUGAAUCCUUUUGUCAUUCCUUCAGAGAGCGACGUGCCCAGCACCUGCCCCAGCCAGUGGUGGCCGUACGCAGGCCACUGCUACAAGAUCCACAGGGAGAAGAAAAUCCAAAGGGAUGCCUUGCAGGCGUGCCGGAAGGAAGGGGGCGACCUGGCCAGUGUCCACAGCAUCGAGGAGUUCGACUUCAUCAUCUCCCAGCUGGGAUACGAGCCCAGUGACGAGCUGUGGAUCGGUCUCAACGACCUCAAGAUUCAGAUGUACUUUGAGUGGAGUGACGGGACGCCGGUGACGUUCACCAAGUGGCUGCGCGGGGAACCCAGCCACGAGAACAACCGGCAGGAGGACUGCACGGUGAUGAGGGGCCCGGACGGGUACUGGGCCGACCGGGCCUGCGAGCGGCCCCUGGACUACAUCUGCAAGACGAAAUCCCAGGCACCAGCCCCGGGCGCCGAGCCGGUGGACGCGGGCUGCAGGAAGGGCUGGAAGAGACAUGGCUUUUACUGCUAUUUGAUUGGGCACACACUUUCAACAUUUUCAGAAGCAAACCAAACCUGUGGGAAUGAGAAGGCUUAUCUAACAACCAUUGAAGACAGGUAUGAACAAGCCUUUCUGACGAGCCUGGUGGGCCUGAGGCCCGAGAGGUAUUUCUGGACGGGCCUCUCGGACGUGCGAACCCGAGGCGCCUUCGAGUGGACCGUGGACGACGGCGUUCGCUUCACCCACUGGAACUCGGACAUGCCCGGGCGAAGGACGGGGUGUGUUGCCAUGAGAACUGGGAUCUCAGGAGGACUGUGGGAUGUUUUGAAGUGUGACGAGAAGGCAAAAUUUGUGUGCAAGCACUGGGCAGAAGGGGUAACGCGCCCACCGGAGCCCACGACAACCCCCGAACCCAAAUGUCUCGAGGACUGGGGCACCACCAGCAAGACGAGCCUGUGCUUCAAGCUUUUUGCAAAAGGAAAACAUGAGAAGAAAACAUGGUUUGAAUCUCGAGAUUUCUGCCGCGCUCUAGGUGGAGACCUGGCCAGCAUCAACAACAAAGAGGAGGAGCAAGCCGUGUGGCGCUUGGUGACGGUAACUGGGAACUACCAUGAGCGGUUUUGGUUGGGACUGACGUACGGCAGCCCUUCGGAAGGCUUCACCUGGAGCGAUGGCUCCCCUGUUUCCUAUGAAAAUUGGGCUUACGGAGAGCCUAAUAAUUAUCAGAAUGUGGAAUAUUGCGGCGAGCUGAAGGGGGAGCCCGGCCUGGCUUGGAACGACAUGAACUGCGAAAAUCUCAACAACUGGAUUUGCCAGAUAAAGAAAGGACAAACACCCAAGCCUGAGCCGACACCAGCCCCCCAAGAAAAUCCACCUGUCACGGAAGACGGCUGGGUUAUUUACAAAGAACACCAGUAUUAUUUUAGCAAAGAGAAGGAAACCAUGGACAAUGCACGGGAAUUUUGCAAGAAGAAUUUCGGUGAUCUCGUUUCCAUUCAAAGUGAAAGUGAAAAGAAGUUUCUAUGGAAAUAUGUCAACAAGAAUGAUGCACAGCCAGCAUAUUUUAUUGGUUUACUGAUCAGCUUGGAUAAAAAGUUUGUGUGGAUGGACGGAAGCAAAGUGGACUUCGUGGCUUGGGCCACGGGCGAACCUAAUUUUGCAAAUGAUGAUGAAAACUGUGUCACCAUGUACUCCAAUUCAGGGUUCUGGAACGACAUCAAUUGUGGUUAUCCGAGUGCCUUCAUCUGCCAGCGACACAACAGCAGCAUAAACACCACCGCGCCCCCCACCGCGCCCCCCGCCCCGGGCGGCUGCAAGGAGGGCUGGCACUUUUACAACAACAAGUGUUUCAAAAUCUUUGGAUUUGUUGAAGAAGAAAGAAAAAGUUGGCAAGAUGCACGGAAAGCUUGUAUAGGAUUUGGAGGAAACCUAGUAUCCAUACGUGAUGAAAAAGAGCAAGCCUUCCUCACCUACCACAUGAAGAACUCCACCUUCAGCGCCUGGACCGGGCUCAACGACGUCAACUCUGAGCACACCUUCCUCUGGACGGACGGACGGGGCGUCCAGUACACCAACUGGGGCAAGGGCUUCCCCGGCGGGCGGAGGAGCAGCCUUUCUUACGAAGACGCUGACUGUGUCGUCAUUCUUGGAGGCAAAUUACGGGAUGCAGGGAAGUGGAUGGAUGACACGUGCGAGAGUAAGCGAGGCUACGUGUGCCAGACACAGUCCGACCCUUCCUUGCCUAGCUCUGCAACAGCAAUUCCACCAGAUGGUUUUAUUAAGUUUGGUGAAAGCAGCUAUGCACUCAUGAAAUUGAAGUUGCCGUGGCAUGAAGCAAAGAGUUAUUGCCAAUACAACGCCUCCCAGAUCGCCAGCAUCCUGGAUCCCUACAGCGAUGCAUUCGUGUGGCUGAAAAUGCAGGUGCUGAGCGAGCCCCUGUGGAUCGCCCUCAACAGCAACGAGACGGGGGGCGAGUACGCGUGGGCCGACGGCUGGCGGGUGAGGCACACGAACUGGGCGGCCGACGAGCCCAAGCUGAAGUCGGCCUGCGUCUACCUGGACUUCGACGGCUACUGGAAAACGGCUCCUUGCAGUCAAAGCUUCUAUUUUCUCUGCAAAAGAUCAGACGAAGUCCCUGCCACAGAGCCUCCACAGCUGCCCGGCCGAUGCCCCGAGUCGGGGCACAUGGCGUGGAUCCCUUUCCACGGCCACUGCUACUACAUCGAGUCCUCGUACACCAGGAACUGGGGCCAGGCCUCCCUGGACUGCCUCCGGAUGAGUGCCUCCUUGGCUUCCAUCGAAAGUGCGGCUGAAGCUGGUUUUCUGUCGUAUCGGGUUGAGCCACUUAAAAGUAAAACUGACUUUUGGAUAGGAUUGUACAGAAAUGUUGAAGGAAUUUGGCUCUGGAUAAACAACAGUCCACUCUCCUUUGUCAACUGGAACACGGGAGAACCGUCUGGUGAACGAAAUGAUUGUGUGUUUUUAUCUGCUUCUUCUGGCUUUUGGAGUGGGAUCCACUGCUCUUCCUACAAAGGCUAUAUUUGUAAAAGGCCAAAAAUUGUUGAUGCUGAACCUACCCAUACACUAACGACAACAAAAGCGGACCCGCAGAGGAUGGAGCCGUUGCCGCCGUCUCCCCGGGUGGCCGGGGUGGCCGUCGUGGUGAUCCUGCUGGUCCUCGCGGGCGCUGGCCUGGCCGCUUACCUCUUCUACAGGAGGAGGCACGGGCGCCCACCGCGGGAGGACACCUUCGAGAACACGCUGUACUUCAACAGCCGGUCGGGCCCGGGCAUGAGCGACACCAAGGACCUGGUGGGCAACAUCGAGCAGAACGAGCACGCGGUCAUCUAGGGCCCGGCGCAGCAGGGGCAUCGGGAGCUCACAAAAUCCCAACUAAAAUGUUAAGGUCUUUGAUCCAAUGUGAUUGUUUCCUUUUAACUUAGUCCUGGGUUGCACUGGUCUGUCUUUUUUUCUUUGCCUACUUGAAGAAAUAAUUGCUCAUUUUCUAGCCCGGCAAGAUAUUUUCACAAAAGAGGGACAAUAUAGACUAAAACUUUCAAAGCAUCGGCGGUGAGGGCAUGCACCGGCUUCUGCGCAUCAUCUCUCAGCAUCCAUUCCACAGAAAUUAGAAGUGCUCUGGGACACAGACGAAGCCUCCAGAAGCACUCAAGGGAACUUCCAGAGAUCAGUUACCUGCAGAAUUGUAAUUCAGUAACUAGAAAACUAUUUUACAAAUCAAGUACAAAUAACCUCAAGUGGUGUGAGAGAUCGUUACUUUUCUCUUUUAAGGGUCCUGAUGUCCACUCCAAUUUGAGUUGCACUCGCUGUGAGCAGCGGAUUAGGCAGCUGGAACCCUUCCCCUUAGGGUUGCACAGCCGGCACAUCCCACAUGCUCGUUGUCCUGGUGUAUGUAUUUCAGAAAUGCAAAGAUGUGAAAACAAAGUGUAAAUUUGCAUAACUGGAUAUAUUUAGAUAAUGUGAAAUAAACAUCAAAGACAAGGUCUAUUUUUAAUAGGUUUACAUUUCAGGUGAUCGUUGUAAAUGUAAAUUUGCUUUCAAAUGAGAUUUAUUUAUCUGUUUACUUUAUAUAUGACAUUGCCCAUAAAAUAAAUGUUAUUAUUAGC